CUCCGGGGUAGCGGGGGCGAAGGAGAAGAAGAGGAGGAGGAGGAGGAGGAAGAAGAAGAAGAGCAGCAGCUUAUUCACGACAGGAGGGAGGGCGCGCUUUUACAGCGCCGGGCUUGCAGGGCAGGUGCGCCCGCCUCUCGCUGGUGAUGCACGGCAGCCCGGCCCGGCAGCGAGGAGGAGCUGCUGCGUCCUGCCCUGGGGAAGCUUUACUGAGCGUCCUGGAGAUGAAACCCUGUGCCACCUACGAGCGGUUAGUGGAUGGUGUUGGGUCGUGGGACUUCACUGGAGGUUUUGUUCCCUGUGAGCUGCUCGUUGUUGGAGAGGACGCCUACCCUGUGCUCCUGAGUGCUAAGAAGCAGGUCCUGAUUGCGGUUUCACAGUACGGGAAGGGCCGGAUGGUGGUCGUUUCCCAUGAAGGAAUCCUGAAGAGCCCCAAGUUCUCCCAGUUCCUCAGAAAUGCCGUGGGGUGGCUCAAACCUUGCCCAGAAGCCCUGGUUGGGGUCCAGCCUCAGUUGGAUUCCCUGUCCCAGGUGCUGCUCGAGGCUGGCACCCGAGUGCAGGUGGAGGCAAAGCCCAGCCCAUCCAUGGGGGUGUUCUGUAUGAAUGCCUAUGACAGCUCCCAGGCCAGAGGCAUCGUGAACUUUGUCAAAGGGGGUGGAGGGCUGCUUGUUGGAGGCCAGGCCUGGUACUGGGCGAGUCAGCACGGCAAGGAGAAGGUGCUGUUCGAAUUCCCUGGGAACCAGGUGACCAGCGUGGCUGGCGUGUACUUCACAGGAAACGCUGUGGAAAAAGGCGUCUUCAAAGUUGCCAAGAAGAUUCCCAAGAUCCCAUUAGUUGUCCCGCACCACGCCAACCUGAGCCUUGACGCCGAGUUUCUCCUGCGUGGCGUGCCAGAGCUGGAUUUGGUGACGGGGGGCGUCCCCUCCACCUUGCUGGUGCACGGAGCCCUCUCCUUCCCGCUGUGCCUGGACAGCUCCCAGCGCUGCCUCUUGGCUGCUGCACGCUACGGCCGCGGCCGCAUCGUGGUGGCGACCCAUGAGAGCCAACUGUCCUCCCCAAAGCUGGCCACAUUCCUGCUCAAUGCUAUCUCCUGGCUGGAUGCUGGCAGGAAGGGGCUGGUGGGGGUGGAUCCCAGCCUGAAGAAGCUGUGUAGCCUGCUGUCUCAGGCAGAGGUGAAGUCGCAGGUGUCACAGCUGGCAGGUGACAUCAGCGUGUACUGCUGCACUUCUUACGGUGACAGGGAAGCCGAGAGCAUCCACGCUUUCGUGGCAGAGGGAGGUGGCCUGCUGGUGGGGGGCCAGGCCUGGUACUGGGCUUCCCAGAACUCUGGCAAAGCCGCUGUGGCAAAAUAUCCUGGCAACAGGAUCCUGAACCGCUUUGGGCUGAGCAUCCUGGGGCAGAGUGGCCAGGCAGCCAAGUACCCACCCCUGGGGCCAGGGGAGCACUACCACUUCCGCAGGGCGCUCCUGCUCUUCAGCAUGCAGCUGCAGGGGCAUCAGGAGCUCACGGAGCCCCUGAAGGGCUGGCUGCACCCCCUGGCACAGGACUGCACUGCCUUCCUGCACAUCCCAGCCCACGACUGCCCGGCAUAUGCCUCGCUCCACCGCAUCCUGACCAAAGUGCUCAAGAGGACUGGGAUCCCGCAGGUCGGCAGGCACUGCCCGGUCAAGAGCAACUCCAAAGAGGCCGUGCUUCUCUGCAUGGCGAACGAGCUGUCCCUCACCAUGACAGACAGCACAGCCCUGGUGCAGAAAUCUGCUGCUGGCGUCUGUGCCUUCCCUGUCACAGUGGAAAUCGAUGGCACAAACCCAGGAAAGACAGCCUGGAGGAGCACAGGACUCUACCUCCCCGAAGGGCACACAGCAGUGAUAACGUGCCCUUGCCUGGUGGUCGGUGCUGGUCUGAAGGUGCAGGUUGGGUGUCACACGGAUGACCUCUCUAAGGCCAAGGAGCUGAAACGGGCACCAGUGGUGAUCCGCACCUGUGACGUUGCCUGCCAGAAGCAAUCCAUUUCCUGCCUCUGGGGCGGCCUCAUUUACAUCGUAGUACCAGCAAAGAGUGUCCUGGGCAACGUGCCCUUCACGGUGGAAGGGGCAGUCAGAGCUCCUUUCUUCAAGCUUGGGGAGACCUGUGAAAGGCAGUGGGAGGCCUGUAUCCGGCACUACCCUGCUCCCUGGGCAGAGCUGGCUGUUGAGAAUCUCAUCCUGACAGUGCCUUCUGACAGCAUCCGCCACAUGGAGAGCCCACGGCCGCUGCUGACCCUGUGGGACAAGAUCAUGGUGGCGAUAAGCAAGUUGGCAGCCGUGCCAGCAAAAUUCCCAAGGCCAGAGAGGAUUGUAACAGAUGUCCAGAUCUCAUGUGGCUGGAUGCAUGCUGGCUACCCUAUCAUGGGCCACCUGGAUUCAGUGAAGGAGAUGUUAGACGUGAAGCACAUGCAAACUACUGGUCUUUGGGGUCCCAUCCAUGAGCUGGGACACAACCAACAGCAGCAGGCAUGGGAGUUCCCCCCUCACACCACAGAGGCCACAUGCAACCUCUGGUCUGUCUAUGUUCAUGAGGAGGUGCUGGGCAUUCCUAGGCAUCAGGCCCAUCAGGCACUCAGGCCCCAGUGCCGCAAGGAAAGGAUAAAAGACUAUCUGAAGAAAGGUGCUCAGCUAAAGGACUGGAACAUGUGGACUGCUCUGGAGACAUACUUGCAGCUGCAGGAAGGGUUUGGUUGGGACCCCUUCACCCACCUCUUCUCUGACUACCAGAAAAUGUCCACGAUCCCAAAAGACAACACUUCUAAGAUGAACUUGUGGGCACAGAAGUUUUCUCAGCAGUUGGCUGCCUUUUUCACCUGAAUGCUGGAUUAGGGGGAGCUGACAUCUCUGCCUGAUUCUGAACCAUCUGUCAGUAGCCGCCCCCUGGGCUGAGCUGGCCGCUAGAACGUCAUCCUGACAGUACCAGCUGCUGAUGAACGCCACAUGGGCAGCCCGGAGAGUCUGCUUCCCAUCUGCAUCAAGAUGAUGGAUGCAAUUGCCAGGCCAGCGGCCAUCCCAGCAACUUUUCCAAGGCCAGAAAGGAUGGUGGCAGAUGUCCAGAUAUCUCAUGGCAAGUAUAAUAACUAGGACAUUUUGUCUGUAUCUGUGAUGGAUAUUUGUAAGGGAAAUACGCAAGGCUAUCCUGAGGCCACGCAGAUCCUCAAUUUAGCAGAUCAAUUCCACCAUAUCCAAGAAGACUGCUGGAGAGAGUAAGAAUCUUCUGUGAAUGUCAAGGUUGUGUAUGCAAAAGUAGCAUAUUCUGCUGCUGAAUUUGACCCUGUAAAACCCAGUGAAGGGAGACUGGCUGCCAAAUGACGUGUACCAUGUCACGUUGAUCUUGUUGCUGUGGGAGUGAAUUUAUGCUAAUUGCAGCAGAAAGAAGGCAAACACAGGUAGCUGGUUUAGGCAGGACAAAGGAGAUUUUGAAACUUGAAUUAAGGCAUGCAACAGACACAUAGGUAGCCUACUGUGUAAUGAGACCCCGGUGUUAGCACACAUAGGAUUGCUUCCAUCAGUGGGGAAGUGAGGCCAGUGGUGGGGGGAAGAGUUGGUUGUAAGCAGCAUUUUGCUGUCUGUCAUUUAAGAAAUCUGCUGUUUAAAGACAAUUCACUAGGCCAGUGGAACUGAAGCUUGUUAUGAGUCAUGAGGAGGCUCCUAAAGGCCAAAUCUCAGCAUUAUUUUCAAUUAAUCUUUGUUCAAGUAUUGCACUUUUCUCAGUAGGAUUGGCACGUUCUUUCAGCUCUACUUGACUGCAGUACUACAGGUGUUUUCUACCACUUAAACUGAUAAAUUCAAGCUGAUAAAUUCAGCUGUGCAGGCCACCACUCUAUAAUUCACAGCAGCUUGACUCAUGUGUGUAUCUGUUGUCAAGUAGAACUGAUUCAGGAGAGGCUGGCCCAAGUGUAAACACUGGCACAUGUUGCCUGGAGCCAGAGCUGGUUGAUGCCCCAUUUCUGGCAAUAUUCAAGAUCAGGUUGGAUGGGACUCUGAGAAACUUGAUCUGAUGAAGAUGUCCCCGCUCAGUGCAGGGGAGUUGGACUAGAUGACACUGAAGGUCCCUUUCAACCCAAACCAUUCCAUGAGGAGUGGGUGCUGUGUUUCCAUACUGCAUUUGCUUCUCCAAGCAUGUCUUUCUGUCAGAAGGAUUUUUAUUAAUCGAUCAUUACAUCUGGCCUCAUACUGCUCUGAAUCCAACAGUAAAGUUAUAAUCUGUCAGUGGCUCUGCAACAAUUGUGUUGAGAUUACUUAUCAGUUGCUUCUGGAUUCAUUUAUGUGGCUGCUUCUCAUAAGAUAACCUAUAUAACCUAUAAGAUAACCUAUAAUCUCAUAAGAUAAAAAGAUUUGCACAGACACAGCAGAUCCUGUGCACAGAUCCAGGCAGCACUGUGUGGCCUCUGGUGGAACCUAACAUGUAAAACUCUUCCUGCUUCUCUCAGACCUGCUAAAACAGGGGAGUGCAGCACCAUUUCAAAAAUGUGAAUGGCGCUGUAUCCCUCCUGCACUACUUUGGAGCUAUGAGGAACCAGUUCAGCUUGUUGAAUUGUCCCUGAAGGAAAAAGAACCAAAGAUAUCAAAAUCCUAUGAAAAGCUACUGCAACAUGACUUUUAAAGAUGGUUAUGGUUGUCAGCAAUACUGAGGAGCUCAUGGAAGAUGUUAAGGAGUACAGGAAGUUUGUCUUUUCUGAAAAAAAGAGGCUUUUUACAAACAGCAUGAAAACCAGCAAAAUUGGAACCACACUGAUGACAAAUACAGUGAAGAAGUAAUGAUGGCCAUCAGCAGCAAAUUCUACCCAAAGCUCAAGUGAGCUGUGGAAUAAUAGUCCAUAUUUCCAUAAUAUUCAAUAGUAAAGAGCUGCUUUACUAAAAGAAACUGACAAGAAUCUGCCUUCCCCAAAAAAACCCAACAAAAUAAAAUGAAUCCCAGUUCCCAAUUUGCUUUGUGGUACAAUAGUCAUUGUGAGGCACAGUGCAGGUGGCUGCUCCCUAAAGGCUGGUGGCCAGGAGCCAGCUGCAGUAAUACAGCCAGCAGGACAUCUGGGGACCAGCCACAAUACCUGAGUGAGGCAAGCAGGGCACACCUGGCACAGCAUCCAGGGUCUAGAUGACUAGGCAAGUCUCCAGGGAUGAGGAAGGUCUGAGGCCCAUUGUGAUGAGGCACGUCUGAAACCAAGUGAGGAAAACCAUGGAUCUGCAGGUAAAUUAAGCUUGCAACACGUUUAUAAAUUUGUUAUUUUAAUCCAGGGAAGCUUCUUUCCUUUUGUCACUUCCUGAAACCAUUUGAUCCCUCCCCCAGAUCAUCUUAUCUGUUGACUCUUAGUCUCCAGCACUGGGUACGUGUGCUGGGUCACAGGAUUCCACAAAUCAACACGAGUCAGUCCUGAUCUGUCUCCAAGUAGCACACUUCAGCAGGAGAACCAGAGCUUCAGGAAAAGUUUUCGAAGCAGUCCUCAGAAAAUGUGCUUGUUUUGAGUCAUCUGUGAUCACAGCACAGUGCAAGGCUCAUUGGUCUGUGGAAAGCACCGGUUUGAGAUAUAAUAGCAAAGCACAGCCUUUGGGCAGUAGCAAAGAUGACUUCUGAUCACUGAAAAUUGUUGUUUUUCUUUCUCUUUUUCUUUUUUCCCUAAUACUACAUUCGAGCUGGUCUUUCAGUGUUGUGGUGCAAUACUCCACUCAGUAGCAACGAGGGUUAAUUGACAAUGCAAACAUCAACUGUGCAGUCUCUAGGCAGGGAGCCUGCAUUUUGUGCUCUGAGAAGUCUUAUGUAUUGUAAGUAUGAAGAGAUAUUUUAAAUAUGCAUACUUAUAAGCAUGGAGAGGUGGGUUGAUAUUUUUUAUCAGUCUUGUUUUGAACACUUGUAAGAGUUGGGAAAAACAAAGUAGGGAUCAAGCCUGUGAGCACAGUCCUGCCCUUCAGGAUGAAGAGCACUUAUACAGGUACUUGAUUUUUGGCUUUGUGUGAAUAGUAGACAAAUGAGUUUGUUGAAUAAUCUGAUGGUGUUAAAGGGAUGCUUUGGUUCUUCAGUAGGCAUUUAAAAUUUUGGGGGUAGCUACACUUAAAAAAAAAAAAAAGAAGAAUGCCCCGUGAAAAGAUCAAUAACUGAAUUUAAUACAAGAUUUUGUUAAGAAUGCAGGAAGAAUAAUUCUAAACUUCCAUGCAUGUAUUUAGUACUGUGUCACUUGUGAUUCAGAGUUGCAAGAGGCCUUUGGAUAGGAAGCCUUCACCAAGAUAUUUUCUGAACAACAAAAUAUGACUGAGCUCCCAGAUGGUGAUGACUCAAAAAUGAAUCUGCAGGCAGAAACCUUUUCAUGUCUGGUCAGGAGGAAUUUGACUUGUUUCUUUAAGGCCUGGGGAUAUCCAGUCUGGGCAAACCCUUCCCAGCAGCUGGCUGUUUCUUUCCCCAUCUGGUCAGAUGAUCCCAUGAAGCAAUGUUUCUAUCUCCUAAGCAGGUUUUGACUCAUGAAAAUGUGAUUGUCUGUCCUAAAGCCAGUGCUCUGCAGUAGUUUUAAAUAGUGUCUGAAUGAUGUGGUGUUCUAAUGAAUCUGAGAAGCGUCUCUGCAUUGUACAUGUGAUAGAAGAGUUCGUUCUUGGCCUCCUCCCAAAUCUGCCUUUUUCUGUGUGGGUCCCACUACUUCCUUUCCCAACAGAAGUAAUUUUAACCACAGAAGGGGAAGCAUUGGCUCUCUUAUUACCAAUGAAACCAAUCAACCUCUUUCCACUUUUUACUUUCUCUGUUUCCUUAUCCCCAAAAUGUUCUCUGUUCCAGACUUACUCUGAUUUCAGGUAUGCAAAGUUUGUUAAUUAUAAUCCUUACAAGAAGAGUUGGAACGGGGGGAAAUGUCACUUUAAAAACAGAGACACGUUAGGAGAUAAUAAAACUGGAAAUAAAUGGAAGAACUCGGGUGAAAUUAUGGCUAUAGCCACGAGAAAUGAGGAUGAUCAUUUAAAGGAAAACCUAGAUGGACCACACAAGAGAGGCCUUGAUGUGUGUUUAAUUGUUCUGAAAGAGGUUGCCUUCAUGCUCUGCUUUCAGAGUUGGCAACUGUGUAGUGAGAAACAGCUGCUUUAGCUCAUGUCAGAGGCAAAAGAGUGUUCAGGCAGUGAACUUGCCUCCUUGAUCCUUAGCUAGACUAAAUUUGCAGACAUCCAAUGCAUGUAAAAUUGUGGCAACUCAGUCUGCAUGAGGAUCUAAGACAGCAGGUGCCUCACCUAGCAGGAUUGAAUGUCAUGGGAGGAACACAGCACUGGAGUGUGUUUACAGUGAUCUGUUUUGAUCUCCAAUCUAAACAAUCAGAUCCGUGUCCAGUUCUUAAAUGCUGCACUGAAUUUCCCCUAUGUUAAAACAUGAACUAUAGCACAAGCCAAUUUUUAUGGUGCAUUUUGAGAUCCUGAGCGAAGCAAUUCCUCGUCUUAUGGCCGUGUUUUCUC